AUCAUUGAUGCGCGCCCUUUACCCUUGGAGGCCAAAAUGAUGAUUAGUGGAGGCUUGGUGAGGUGAUUUAUUUCAGAACACACUUUGGAAAUGUAAAAGUCAAACGUUGUAGAGAGAAAUGCCCCGGGAGUGAUAUAAGACAAGAAACACCCCCCCUUCUCUUCAUUCCAUAGCGUCCACACUCCAGUCCUGAAGACGGCGGUAAUUAAUGGGAUUUUCACUGCAACAUCCGAAGAAGAGGGGAGCAUGCGUGCGGGCGUCUAUGGUGUUCAGUUACGCGGCUGUGUGCGGAGUCAUGAAAGUGUUUGUAAACAAUAUAGACACAAUCGGUCCUCUCUUGCCUUGGAUGUGGCGCAUUGCUGCUGUUUUCUCUUCUCCGACCUGCUAGAAAAUUACCGGUCACCUGCCUGUACACUACUGGGAUGAGGCUGACCUCCGGCUCAGAUGGCGACCUGAUCGUAAUCAUCCUCAGGCGGACUGUCUGCAGUCGCAUCGAGUAGGACGGUGUCUCACCGAGGCUGCUUGAGGUGUUGGUGUGUUGCUCUAUUGAUCUGGGCCAAACCCGAACCCUGACUCAAACCCCGGCCUCCACCAUCAGACACAAUGCCCUGGCCGUUCUCCGAGUCCAUCAAGAAGCGGGCCUGCAGGUACCUCCUGCAUCGCUACCUGGGCCACUUCCUCCAAGAGAAGCUGAGCUUGGACCAGCUCAGUCUGGACCUGUACCAAGGCACCGGCUCACUGGCGCAGGUGCCGCUGGAUAAAUGGUCUCUGAAUGAGAUCCUGGAGUCGGCGGAGGCGCCGUUCGAGGUGAUCGAGGGCUUCAUCCAGACCAUCUCGCUGACGGUGCCGUGGGCGUGUCUGCUGCAGGACCACUGCUCUCUGGAGGUCCGCGGCCUCAGGGUGGUGUUCAGGCCACGCCCCCGCGCAGCUUCAGGCCUUGAGCCCAUGUGCUGGUCCAGCUUCAUGACCAGUAGUAUGCAGUUGGCCAGAGAGUGCCUGAGCCAGAGGCUGACCGACGACCAGGGGGAGAGCGGCCCCCUAGAGGGCCUGGAGACCUUCGCUGAGACCAUAGACACAGUCCUGCGGAGGAUUAAGGUGGCGUUCCUGGACACCGUCCUGAGGAUCGAGCACAUUCCGGCCAAUUCCAAGACGGGCAUCGCUUUGGAGAUUCGUAUCGACAGGAUGGAGUAUUGUGACGAGCUGGCGGACGAGAGCUCCAACCUGCACCAGACCACCAGCUUCACCCACAAGAGGCUGGCGCUGCAGGGCAUCAGUGCCUACUGGGAUGAGUUCCUCGAGAUCAGCCGCGCACCCACAGCUGACUCGGAGCUGAAGUUGUCCCCCAGCUGGAGUCCCCAUAUUGUGUGUGAGCCGCACCCCCAGUUCUCUGAGCCAAUCACGGCGCACCCCCAGUUCUCUGGCGCCUCCCCCAACGCCCAGCCCCUCCCCCCGCUGCAGGUAGGACAGCUGGGUGGACGACUGGUGCUGUCACUCACGCUGAAGCAGAACGCCACUGCGCCCGGAGCAAAGCUGGAAGUUGAUGGGCAGAUGGAGUCUCUGGUGCUGCUGCUGUCGCCACGGCAGGUUCACCUGCUUCUGGACAUGUGGGGAGGCUUCUCCCCCUCUGGCGGAGCAGAGUGGGCGGGGCCUAGGGAGCGGAGGUGUCGGCCCAUGCAGCAGGAGGACGAGUACCGGCUGCACAUGGAGCUCAGCCGCUGCCUCAAGAAGGAAACCAUGGCAACCACCGCAGCGCCCACACAGCAGGACCUGUUUGAGAGCACCACCAGGACCGCGUCCAGCAGAGAGGAAGUGUUUUUCUCCAUGGCUGAGAUGGACAUGUCCCACAGCCUAUCGUCUUUGCCCCCUCUCGGGGACCCGCCUACUGUUGACCUUGACCUGUCACUCAACAGUAAUUACUCCGCCUCUCUCGGCGAGUCACCAUCUGGCCAAACAGCUGCUGGAUGGGACGAGUAUCUGGAGGUGAACCGACAACGAGAUAAACAACAGGAGGCUACUUACACACAUACACACAAGCUGCACAGACAGACCUCUCAUCUCCCUGAUGACUCGUGUCCUGAGCUGGUGCUGCGCUUGACUGUGGAGCGCCUCCGAGUGGUGGUCCUGCACAUCGACCCUCUGCCCCCGGCUGACUCCGCCCACAGUCCCUCUACACCAAUGGCCACACACUUCUUCCAAACGCUGGCCGCACACAAGCUCCUCCCCCAUGGCUGUGUCCAAUCACGAGACGUCUUUGACAAGGCCUGUCCCCAUGACCACCUCAGGUUGGUGGCGGAGGGGGUGUGUGUGUCGUAUGAACACACUCAGAGCUCCAGCGUGAUGCGUCUGAACUCUGACGUCUCCUUUAGUCAGAUGGAGUUGCUAGAGUGUCUCGUCUCCAUGGAGACGCCCAACAACACACACACUGCACAGUACACGGAACUGCUGACGUUUGAUGCCACAGGCGGCAACACUAGUACUCCCUGCCUGCACCUGCUCUACAAGCUGACUGAACGAAGAGGUCCUCAGGGAGGGCAGGUGCGUGCGUUGCCGGGCAGGGCGGAUCUGAAGGUGGAGCUCGGUGGUUGCCGUGUGGAGCUGGACAUCAGCAUCGUUGACCGUCUCCACUCCCUGUUGCAGCCACGGAAACAUGUUACUAUGGAGAUGAUGACCUCACAUAUGUAUACAUCCUAUAAUAAGCCAGUUAGUCUGCACAAGGCCUUUGCUGAGGUGUUUCUGGACGACAGCCGCUCCCCUGCACAGUGUGAAGUGUGUGUGAGUGUGUGUGCUGCGCGGCUGCUGUUGUGUUUGCGGUUCCCCAUUCCAGACCUGCGCUGCGACGCAGAACGCGGCCCGUGGUUCCGCAGACGGCUGCAGAGGGAACAGUUACUGCUGGAGUUUGAGGAACCGGAACUCAAGAGCCACUUCACUGGGGGAUCCCACGCGGAACAGAACACAGUGGAACUCAGCUACAGAGAACUCACCGGUAGUCUCCAUGGCGAUAAGGAGGAGGGGCCAGUGCGGUUUCUGCGUGUGGCUCAUAGUCUGGAUGACAUCAGCACCUCAGACAGCGGCAAGUUUGACUGGCCCAGGGUGGUGUUGAAGAUGAACCCCAUGGCUGUUCACUCCUUGCUGGAGAGAGUAGCUGUUGAGGAGGAGGAGGAGGAGGAGGAGCCAGGGGCGGGCCUUCAGGAGGAGGAAGCAUCUCAUUCGCUGAAAGACGUCUGUGACUUCAGCCAACCAGAACCCUCUCCCUUCUCAUCACGUCGGGUGAUGUACGAAAAUGAAGAGAUGGUCAUUCCUGGUGACGUGCUGGAGAUGACAGAGUUUCAGGAGAAGACAACGGCCAACUCUCGUUUCAUCCUGGAACUCAGCAUUCCGAACCUGCAGAUCACUCUACCCAGCAAAGCCUUCUAUGAGAAAUUACACAACAGAAUAAAUAAUGACUUGCUGCUAUGGGAACCCACUGCCCCGUCGCCCGUGGAAACGGUGGAGAGUAUGCCGUAUGGAGUCGGACUGUCAGUGGCUAGUCAACUGAUCAACACACACCUUAAAGACUUCAGCCCAGAGGAUAGCUGCAGGUCUUCCCAACAAGGAAGCUACCUAGUCAAGUUUUCAGAUGACACUGCACUGUCCACAUUCCAGUCAUGGGCUAGCGUUGACAUCAUUUGUGAAGUGGUGUGACAAUCAUUUUUUAGAUUUAAAUGUAGCCAAAACAAAGGAGCUCAUAAUUGAUUUUAGGAGGACAAAGGCAGAACCAAUAGCAAGUGUCAUACAUGGGGGGGAUGUGGAAAUCGUUGAUUCUUACAAGUACUUAGGUACAAUAUUUGACAGUGAGCUCAAGUUUCAUGUAAACACUGAGACAAUUGUCAAAAAGGGACAAUAGAGAAUUCAUCUGCUGAGGAAGCUUAACUCCUUCAGUGUCUCUAAAACCAUUUUACGUAACUUUUAUUUUUUUAUUACUUUUUUAUGUUGGUUCAAUAGCCUAUCAGUCAAAGACAAGAACAGUCUCAGCAGCAUUGUUAACACUUCAUCAAAGAUUAUUGGAACACAGCUAAAUAGUCUGAGUGCUCUGUUUAACAAACAGGCAGUCCAAAAGGCUAGUAUCAUCAGUCAGCCUGAUCAUGUUUUAGGUGGUGAAUUUUCAUUAAUGCCCUCUUGGAGGCGCUAAUAUUCUGUCAGGACAAAAACAAAAAGGUAUUCUGGAUCCUUCAUCCCUACAUCCAUUAGAUUAUUAAAUAAGGUUGAAGGGAUAGAGUACACUACUGAAAAUGUUGAUUUACUGAGCGCUGUUCAUCACUGACAGGACAGGGUGCCUGACUGUGUGUGUUAAGAUGUAUAUGUCUUUUAUCUUCUUAUUUAUU